AUGAUUGGUCUCCUUUCCCUGCAUCUUGACCGUAGUUAUUUCUCCCUUCCCAGUGUUAAUAUAGUGCUGCAGCAGAUAAGUGCGGCUGUUUCUUCCUGGUGGGUUUAUAAUCGCACUGCACGCCCUCCCUCCUCCCCUGCCCCGGCGCCGCUGCCCCUGCUGCGGCCACGCGAAUCGGAGUGUCGAGCCCUCAAGACGGCGGUCUUCGCGGUCCGCCGCCAACGGCGGGCUGCGCUAGCGGCGGCGGCGGCGGCGGCGGCGGCGGCGAGGGCGGGCGGGCAUAGCGCGGUCGCAUACCCCGGGGAGACCGCAGACGCCCGCGGCGGGGGCGGGGGGCGGCGGGCGGGCGGGCAGCGCGUCGUCUUGAGGAGGCGGUGCGCCGCGCGCUGGAGCUGCGCCGGAAGAAGGGCGGGAAGCGGCGAGUGCGCUGGCGCAGCAGCGGGAGAGGGGGCGGACGGGGCCGGUCAGCCCACGUGGGAGCUGUUGGUGGCCGCGGGACGCAAGAAAGGUGGAGGAGGGGGGAAAGACGACAGAUUGACGCUGGGGGACGCGAAAUAA